UUAAUUUUUAUUUUGAAAAGGAAGGGGGGGCAUUUCUCUCUUUUUCUCUCUCUUUUUUUUUUGGAAGAUUAAGGAAGAGGGGGUUAAAAUUAAGCCAGCCAUUUUGGGUAAAUAUUUUUUUUUCCUCCUCCCCCCCCUUCUUCUUUUCUUCCUCCUUCCUUUCACCCCAUUUAUCUUUUUUUUUUUUUAACCUGGGGGGGGGCUGUUUGAUUUUUUUUUUUUUAAAAAAGGGAAAUAAUUUAGAGGCGGCCAUUUUUGCUGCUUUAUUUUUAUUUUUUUUGCUCGGGUGGCAAAAUAUGAUCUUCAACUCCCCACCUCAGAACAAUAUUUUUUUUUAAAUUCCCCCCUUUUCCGCGCGCGCCCCAUUUUUUUUUUAAAUUAUUAUUAUUUCCUUCCUAAAGAGCGUCUGAGGAAGAAACCUUGAAAAGGAAGAAGAAGAAAAGUUGUGAGGGGAAAAGAAGAAGAAGAAGAGUCCCGGCCAUCGUAUGGGACUUCUCCUCGCGCCCCCCUCCCCAAACACCCCCCACGGGCCCACCGCCCCCUUUUUCGGGGCGAUUUUUUGGGGGGGAAGCGCGGGGGGCGAUGGUUUGAACGGGGGUCGCUUUUGAGGCUCGAGAGGCGGGGAAGGGGGGCCGCCGCCGCCCCCCCCUCCAUCCCCACCCCACCCCGCCCGUCGGGCUCGGCUCCGGUGUUCCCCCACCCAUCGGCCACCCCCCUCUCCUCCGGCACCACCAUGGCUUCCCCUCUGAGGGAGGACGAGGAAGAGGAGGAGGAGAUGGUGGUGUCCGAGCCGGAGGGGGAGGAAGACGAAGAAGAGGAGGAGGAAGAGGAGGAGGAGGAGGAAGAAGAAGACGAAGACGACGAAGAAGCAGCAGCCGCCUCAGCCGCCGCCGCCAGGAACGACAGCCCGGGCGACAUCUUCCCGCCCGCCGCCGCCGCCUCAGCAGCCGCCGCCGCCGUCGUCGCCGCCUCAGCGCAGGCGGAGGCUGCCCCGCUGACCCCCGCCGCCUCCUCCUCCUCCUCCACGCCGGCCGCCGGAGGGACCCAGGCGCCGCCAGACGACGAAGAGGAGGAUUUGUGCAGCUUAGAGAGUCCCCUCGUCGUCAAGAAGAAGAAACGAGGGCCGAGGAAGCAGAAGGAGAACAAGCCGGGGAAACCCAGGAAGCGCAAAAAAUUAGUCAGUGAGGAUGAGUUUGAGUCCGACCGAGAGGAGUAUCGGGCCAAGUCGGAGAGCGGGGGCAGCGACUAUGGGGGCGUUGGGAAGAAGAAACGGCGCAAACACCGGGAGAAGAAAGAGAAGAAGACCAAGCGGCGGAAAAAGGCGGAGGAAGACGGAAUGCAAAAGCCAAAGGUGGAGCAGAAGUCCUGGCCCAGCUGCUCAUGA